AUGGAUUACCACGAGCCCCCCGAUUCCAAUGAUCAUCCCAUGAGUGAAUCCUAUGAAUCCACCAAACUUGGAAAAAGACCCGCCAGUCACAUCGAUGACCAUGAGCUCAAUCCGAGCAGCUCUUUGGCGAAGUUUCGUGCGUACUUUCAGCUCAAGGACCACGGCUGGAGAAUCUUCUGCAAACGCCUCUAUCGUCUUGUCGAGGACUCCUCUACCUGGGAGGAGGUAUCACACAAUGAUGCGUUGGUUCGUACGAUCUCACAGAGUUUCUUGAACCAGGCUGGCCCAGAUUUCUGGGGAACUGAACAGAGCCGUACUUCGUACUUGGCCCCCGAGGUCGUGAGCUCUGGAAGAGCUCUUCGUUUCCCCGAUGAUGGCUAUGAGAUGAAUUUGGUUCUCAUGAAUAUGAUCAGAGGUCGUGCCCUUGACCGCAUGCGCCGAGCCAGCAUGGCGGCGGCGAUGCAGUCUAUUCCGUUGGCCGAUGCUUCCAGUAGUCAACCUCAAGGCAUUAAAAGCGAGAACGCGGAGCCAGAUGUGACCAUUGUCACUGGCCAGGAUCAAAUCCAAUCGACUUUCUUCAUCGUCUGCGAAGAACAUGGGCUCACCGACCGCGUGUGCGUUCCAUUCGACUUUUUUCAUUCCGCCAACUACUUCAUUCGUAAGAUGGAGGAGUACUGCGGCAUAUCAGACAAUGCCGAUGUCCACAUGCAGAUUCACGCAGAAAUGCCCUCGCUGAAGUCUCGCUACGCUGUUGUUUACCUGAUGUGGUCGGGUGUCCACUUUGUGGUUCGCCCCAACAGCGCUACCGACUGGCAGGCUCUGACCGAUCGUUUGGAGUGCGCUUGGAAGGCCCAAAAUUCGGGAAAGCUGAACGUUUUUGAGUUUGAAAUUCACGUCGUUCUCAAGAUGGAAGAGGAAUAUCAGAACAUGGAGUGA